AUGUCUUGCCCAGAGAUACACGUCCGGUGGUGGCAUUCGUCGCAUGGCGUUGCCCAUUUAGAGCUGCUUGCAACCCCAGCUGCGAAAAUAUCCACUGGAUCGUGGACGAAACUCAGUCGCGAUGAGUCUAAUGGAUGCGAAGCUGCUUGGAGGAACCUCAGUGAUCAAGAAAGACUUUCUUCAACACCGAUCAACGACGUAAUAGACGACGAGCCACCGUUGACGGCGGUCGAAGAAAUAGAGGACGAUCCUAGCAUAGGGGUUGCUAUUGGAAAGGAACGUUUAUUUGAGGUAGAUGUUCGCACUAUGACCAUGCACGCCGUUUUCUGGAAGCUAUCCGGGCCACCAAUCCGAGUUCGGAGGACAAUCUGGAUGUACGACGCGAAUCGUCCAGUGGAUGAACCCCUUGCCUCGGACCUAGAAGAUGCGUACCAUACUAUAAGACCUUGGGAGCUUUCGUAUCAGGAAGAAGUCACUGCAGCCCUGCAGGCUGGUGCAGUCGCCUACGAGAAACUCAAGCACCCUUUGAAGCAUUCAGACGGCGCGGUGUUCUUCGACGACGCAUUUACAGCUCGAUUGAUCUACAACUCAUUUGCAAACAAGCUCUCUUCGGCCAUAUUUGCGACCAUUAGAGGUAGCAAGUCGAACUCGCCUUAUCCUUCGGCACCUGUGGUCUACCGGGGGUAUGAUGAAGCAGUCCGGCGAGCCAAUGUCCCAUCGAGGCCCGCAUCUGUUUCACCUUCAAGGUCAUCAACCACUCAACUGGAUACAUCUGCAGCUGACCGAGUUUCUCGGCGCAAAUCCAUGGAUGUCAAGGCUGCGAGUAGUGAAGCUCGAGGUCGGAAGUCGCUGGAUCAACGAAACUCAAGGACAGGGACCCCUUUACCUGAUGCCAAAGUUGGGGAAGGGUGGUCGGAAGACGUCACGGACCUUAUUCUAGUCGUCCACGGAAUAGGACAAGGGCUGUCGGCCCAGUAUGAAUCAUACAACUUUUUGUACAUGGUUAAUCUCAUGCGUAUGGUCGCACGCAAACAGGCUAUGUCACCUGCUCUCAACUCUAUCAUGCGGUCACAUAACGUUCAAUUCCUGCCAAUUCAAUGGCGAGCAAAUCUCAAACUUGACGAUCAAGAGUCACGUCGCCGCGCAGAGGAUGGAUUGGAUAACCGCUUCUCCCUGGCAGAUGUGACUCUUAAACAGCAUGUACCCAUGGUUAGGGAGAUGAUGAACGACGUUCUCAUAGAUAUUCCUUUUUUCAUGAGCCACCAUCAACAAAAAAUGAUCGAGUCUGUGUGUCGUCAAGCAAAUCGAGUAUACAGCCUGUGGUGUGCCCGAAAUCCAAACUUCGCUCAGAAUGGUCGCGUCCAUAUUGUUGCGCACUCACUUGGAUCACCUAUCUGCACUCACAUUCUAUCGUCUCAGCCGACAUUGCAGCCACCCUUACUCGAUCCAUCCAUCGAAAUUCCAAUCAACCAAUUUUUAUUCAAUGUCAGUUCCCUGUUCAUGAUCGGCAGUCCGCUCGCAAUUUUCUUGCACAUCAACCAAGCACAGCUCAUCGCAAGAAAGGGACGAGAACGUACCAUGCAGUCGCCUCCAGACGAAGCGCUAGACCGCGUUGGCGUGUUCGGCUGCAUGGCUGUAGACUCUCUCUACAAUAUAUUUCAGCUGUCCGAUCCGAUUGCCUACAAGCUCAACGCAUGUGUAGACUCAGUGCGUGCGGCUGAGCUGCCCCCAAUCGCAAUACCCAGUAUUACAGGAACAAUGCUAGGUUCCUUCCAGAAGGGAAUGUCGAAGAUGUUUGACGGCCUGUUCACGACUACCGCCGCCCCUGGUGACACCGGCGUAAACGACGAAGAGGAGACUGAAUUCGAACUCGGCGGUGGUCCAAAUAAGUUACAAGUUGACAUUGCUGAAGGAACUAGGUUUGCCGCUUUGAACCCCCAUGGAGCAAUCGACUUCUACCUCCCACCGAAUAGUACAAUCAGUGAAUACGUAGACAUGAUCACUGCACAUUCGAGUUACUGGGGUGAUUCGUCUCUAGCGGCCUUUAUCCUCGCAGAAAUCUUUGCGAGAAAAGAGGAUCUGGCAUAG